CAAAACAUCUGCGGUAUUCUUUGUUUUUUGUCCCAAAAGAAUUUUAUUAUUCUUUAGUUUGGGAUUCCAACUUUUUUGCUUUUUUGGUUAUCCUCCAAUGCAUGCUGAAAAUGAACCACCACCCUCAACGUCGCCAUGUGUUAGCAUUACCUACGUCAAAGAGCAAUUGGUGAAAGCCAUGGACCUGAGUGAUACACUUUGCAGCUCGCUGACAAACACGAACCAAGAACAACCAUCGGAAACCGCCAGCAAUACCAGUGAAGCGACUAUUCCUGCUGACGUACAAGCAUCUCUGCUGGCAUUGGAGGACAUUGUCCGUCAGUUGGACCACUCAGAGUACCUUGAUCGCAUUGCCGUCAAGCUGAAAAGGCUGAACAAACACAAGGCUUGGCGGAAACGGCAUAUCAAGACAUUACAGCGCAAACGUGACGAAAGACAACGACGUUUGAAAAAGCUUCAGAAAGAAUUGGACUGCUGGCGUAUCGAGAACAUGAAUGAAAACGAAAUCCGCAAAAAGCAACAACAAGACAAACAGCAGCAGGAAGAACGAGAAAAACAGAAGCGCAAUAGUACCCAUGCGAGGAUCAAGGAGCUUUCACGUCUUUUGCAACGAUUGACGCAGUUGCGCGAUCUAAGACGGAAAAGGCUAGAAAGCAAAGGCCGCUUUUUUGCCGAUCAAGGCAACGCCUUCUUUAACAAGGUCAAAGCAUGGCACGAUGCCGAGGCGCAAAAGACGGAAGAAGAAAAACCUUGGGUAGACGACGACCACUCAACAUCUCCAUUGACUAUUGACCCGCUGGAUCAUUGGACCGACGCCCCAUUGGAUGAGUCCGCCUACCGAUACUGGAGGCAAGCAUUUCAACAUCCAGACAGUUUACGUCGCGUACGCAAGCAUUGGGAUCAAUAUUUAAUCCAUGAUGAUCACCAAGAUCCCAAUAGCAUUUCGUCCCUUGAACAAAAGAUACCACCUACGUGGGUAACUCCUUCCCCUCCUGCCAACUGGAUUUGGGCAUCCUGCCUUGUCUGAUGGUACACCUUUUUUGCAUACAACAACCUUGUACUUUAUAUACUUUCAUUU